ACAAAUUCACUUCAGUGAAGUUUCGCCCAAGUUUGUCAUUAACUGGCAUUUCUGCUGACAUGGAAGGGGAGAAUACAACUAUGACUCUUGAAAAUCUGCUAUCCUUCUCUUAUUUUCAUAAGUAUUUUAUAAACUCAUCUGACUAUGGAUAUAAAGGCACUAUUCAAGAAAUGAGGAAGAAAGAGUUCAGCAGGAUUGCAGAUGUGACUUACCUUGAUCACAUUGGUACAACAUUAUUUCCUGAAAGUCUUCUUCAAACAUUCAUGGCUGAUUUGUCAACACAUGUAUAUGGUAAUCCUCACAGCAACAAUUUAAGUAGCAGACUGACCCAUGAUACGAUUGAAUAUGUUCGAUUUCGAAUAUUACAACACUUUAAUGCAUCUCCAGAAGACUACUCUGUUAUCUUUACAUCCGGAAGUACUGCAGCUCUUAAACUAGUGGCAGAAACGUUCCCAUGGACUUCAAGAAGUUCGAGUAAUGCAGGGAGCUACUUCUGUUACCUGACUGAUAAUCAUACCUCAGUGGUUGGAAUUAGGGGGAAUAUGAAAAUGUUACAUGUGUCAACUGUUCCAGUUGAACCAGAAGAGAUGUUACAGUCAGAAAGUCCAACAACUGAACUUCUGAAUGACAGCACUUUCCAUCUUUUCAGCUAUCCAGCACUGAGCAAUUUUUCAGGAACCAAGUAUCCUCUCUCAUGGAUAAAAAAGAUUCAGACUGGGGAAAUAUUGCCAAUUAGGGCCCCAGGCAAGUGGUGUGUUUUGCUGGAUGCAGCUUCCUUUGUAAGCACAUCUCCACUAGACUUGGCAGUAUAUCAACCAGAUUUUGUCACUAUUUCAUUUUACAAGAUUUUUGGAUUUCCAACUGGCUUGGGAGCCUUGAUUGUUUCUAAUUGCAUUGCUAAUUUUCUAAGGAAAAAUUAUUUUGGUGGUGGAACUGCAGCAGCUUAUCUCUCAAAGGAAGAUUUCUUUGUACCUAAAGACUCAAUAAGUGACAGGUUUGAAGAUGGAACUGUUCCAUUCUUGGAUAUAAUCUCACUUAAGCAUGGAUUUGAUACCUUACAGAAGCUUACUGGUGGAAUGGAGAAUAUUAGGAAUCAUACUCAUGCACUGGCCAGUUACACUUACUCUGUGCUUUCUGCUCUGCGUUACACUAAUGGACAACCUGUAGUAAGUAUCUACACUGGCUCAGAAGUUAGGACUAUCGAUGUGCAAGGUCCAAUCAUUAAUUUUAAUGUGAUGGAUGAAAAUGGAGGCACAAUCGGCUACUCUCAGGUUGACAAACUAGCUAGUCUGUAUAAUAUUCACUUGCGUACUGGCUGUUUCUGCAACACUGGGGCCUGCCAAAAGCAUUUGGGAAUAAGCAACACUGAAGUAAUAAACAACUUACAGGCUGGGCAUGUAUGUGGAGAUAACAUGGAUCUAAUUGAUGGGCGACCUACUGGCUCUGUGAGAAUAUCAUUUGGAUUUAUGUCUACAUUUGAGGAUGCCAAAGCAUUUUUAACCUUUAUUGUAGACACUUUCAUAAAAAAGUCAUCACAAAGAACUGUACAAAUAAUGGAUUAUGAAACGUUUCCGAUAAUCAGUCUGUCACAGUCAGAAAGCAGUGAAGAGAAAGGUAUUAAUUCCAGUGGAAAAAUCACAGGCAGCACAAGGGUCACCCAAAGCCAAAUAUUGUCCAAUCUAUCUACAGUAGAAUGUGCUUGCAAAUGCAAAGUUAGAAAAACCAUGACAACAAAUAACAAGGCAAUCACGCUCAGUCACAUCUACAUUUAUCCAAUCAAGUCAUGUGCAGCAUUUCAGGUCUCCCGGUGGCCAGUGGCAGAGCAGGGACUUCUAUUUGAUCGGAACUGGAUGAUUGUGAAUGAAAACGGAGUUUGCUUAAGUCAAAAGCAAGAACCUAGACUGUGUCUUAUCCAUCCAUCAAUUGAUACAAUGAAAAAUAUUAUGAAAAUUCAGGCAAAAGGUAUGCCCUCAAUUGAAAUACCACUAAAUGAUAACUUGACAACUCAAAUAAGUCAAAACAAAGUUUGUGGAGAUAGGGUUAAUACAUAUGACUGUGGAGAGGAAGUUGCACAUUGGUUGUUUUGUUUCCUGGCUCGCAAGUGUCGUUUGAUAAGGCAGUCGUCAAGUUUUCAUCGAUAUGCAGGUGCAAAGAGAAAAGGACCUGUGGAUGCAAGUUCACCUUCACUUUCUUUAGUGAAUGAAGCCCAGUACCUUCUGAUAAACACAGCAAGCAUUUUCCACCUAAGUCAACAAAUACCAUUCAGAGAGUACACAGACCCUGCAGAUAGAUUUCAAUAUGAUCAAAUGACUCAACGCUUCCGAGCCAAUUUAGUUGUUGACAGCAAAAUACCUUUUCAAGAGGAGGAGUGGAAUGAGCUCUUCAUUGAUUGUUUACACUUCAAGGUUUCAGGAAAAUGUACCAGAUGCCAAAUUAUCUGUAUUAAUCAGACAACUGGUGAAAAGAAGAGAGAGAUAUUUCAAACACUGGCGUCCAGCAGACAAGAAAAGACUACUUUUGGAAUGUACCUUCAGAAUUCAACAUGUUCUUCAUACCCAUCUUUGCUCACAGUAGGCUCAGAAGUAUAUUUCACACCAAGGGAUCCUAUUGAAGAUUGCUCUGAGAACUAAAGAAAUAUUGAGGCAACAGUGGCAUGUAACCAAAGUUGCAAAAGGAUACAGAUGUGUUUAAGAAAUUUUGACUGAAUAAAGAACAU